CAAAUGUGAACAUCACUGGGAUGUUGUGAUUAAACGACAGCACCAAAAAUAUGGUCCACUGUUCACAUUUUGGAUGGGACCAAAGCCGUUCAUAUUUAUAGCUGACAUCGAAACGGCCAAAAAAGUCUACCAGCGCUGGGAGUUUGCCGGUCGCCCCGACUCUUAUUUUGGAAGUCAACUUUCAAACGAUAAGUUUGCUGAUGUAGUGUUCACCGAUUAUGGACCCAAAUGGGAGGCACUCAGAAAAGUAGCCCAUUUGGCUGUACAAAAAUUUGCAAACAAUGACCGACUCGUCGAUCUGGUCAAUGACUGUGUUGACCGUACGAUUGAAUUGAUUAUUAAAAAUGAAGGCAUUGGUCAACCGUUCAAACCAAUUGACUAUACCUAUCAUCUGUUCCUAAAUAUGUUGGCUACCAGUGCUUUUGGGCAUAGCUAUGACUUGGAGGACUCGGAGUACAAAAAAUAAAAUACGUUUUGCGCGACUUUGGCCGCGAAGCUGGCAAUCGGUUCUCGAUGUGGGAGUUCUCAUCGCUUAUCCGUUUGUGGGACCGGCAACUGGUGCUCAAACAGCGCCGUAUUAUAGAGGAAGUCAUGUUAAUGAUUAGGAAUAAGUUUCGCAAACAUAAUGACGAUUAUAACGAACUGAUUGAACGCGACUUUUGUGAUGCACUCAUCACUUCCCGAAACGUAUCGCUCAGAGAUGGCAAACAAUGGGCCAGUUAUCUAACCGACGAAAACCUGGCAAUGAUUGUCUACGACCUGUUCUUUGCUGGGAAUGACACCACUCAGCGGACAUUUCAAUGGCUUCUUCUACUAAUAGCCUACUAUCCUGACGUACAAAAGCGUUUAAAAGAUGAAAUUGAGUCACAUAUAGGUGACCGUCGGGCCCGGCAUGAAGAUCGACAACAAUGUCCAUAUACUAUGGCAAUGAUGGCMGAGACAUUAAGAUAUAGGAAUGUCGCCCGAUUUGGGGUCACACACAAAGCAAUGGUUGACACAAAAAUAGGAGAAAUAUUUGUAAGAAAAGGGACUGAUGUGGGUGUAUAUCAGGGAAUUAUAUUGGAUUCAUCCGACUAUUGGGACAAACCUGAUAUGUUUCGUCCCGAGCGCUUCCUCGACAGUGACGGCAAUUAUAUGACAAACCGUCCGCAAGCGUACAUACCUUUCGGUUUAGGACGUCGUGUAUGUUUGGGCGAGAGGUUGGCCAUCGCUGAUCUGUUCCUCGUUUUGGUCCGAUUUCUACAGUUGACCAAAGAUUAUGAUAUUAUUUUGAACAGUCAUAAUGGCUUAGAUCCCGAUCCUAAUGUCGCCGAGUCUUAUCUGCCUAAAGAGUAUACUAUAUGUUUCAAAAAUAAAAAUUAA